AAAUGGAAAGCGAAGAAAAAGAGGAAGGAAUUCUCAUGGCUGUUAUCAAGGAAAUGCGAGAGAACAGCCUCCUCUACGACAUCUCCAAUAAAAAAUAUCAGCUGCGCCACAGAGGAGCCCUAGAAGCCUCUGCAGAAAAGCUCAAAAUAAGCGUCAAAUUACUGGACCAAAAAAUACAUUACAUUAAGAGAAAAUUUAAUGAAUCCCAUAAGGAGGUAAGAAAGCAGAAGAUUUUGAAAGGUCGAAGUGGUGAUGGCAUUGACGAUUUAUCUGAAAGUGAUGAAGCAUCUUCAACCGAGGAUUGCAAAAAACCCUGGAAGUGGUACAAAGCAUGCGACUUUUUGAAAAGCACGAUGAAUGUGAACAAAAACAUGAAGGAUUCUGCAAUUAAGAGGAAGAUUACCAAUAAUAAAGACUCAAAGACGAUAAAAUUUGACUUAAAAUCUUUUGCAUAUACCGAGUAUAAAGUGCCCGCAAAGAAAUCAAAAUGUGAGUCAAGCGAAGAACCCUCUACAUCUGAAAAAGAGAAAUGCUUGUCUUUAGUGCCAUCAUCAGAAUCCUUUCAAUUAACACCUAAAGUCGAUGAUCAGAAUUCAAAUGAACUUCCUGAUCCAAUUUCGCAAGUUCCAGAAACAGCAUCCCCGGAAUUUGUUUCCAUUGAUGCAAAUUCAGAUCUUUAUCCAAUACGCCUAAGAUCAACAAGUUUUCCGAUGACUGAAGAAAGAACCAAAAAAGAUGUAGCAAUUCAGGUUGGAUAUCGUGAGAAUCAAUUGGAAAUGCUGCACAAUCAAUCGACGAUUCAAAUUUCACACGACAAUUCAAACUCCGAAGGACCAUCUAAUUUUGAAACUGAAGGAUCAGUUUCUACUGAUGAAUUGAGGAUUUUUAUAAAUUCUUUAAUUGAUGACUUUGUGCGAGGUUAUACUCCCAAUACAUUGCUAAAAUUAAUCCGAGACUUGAGUGUUUUUAUGCACAAAUUCAAUAAAGAAAACAAAUAAAGUGUCUGGUUAAUAAAUAAAGUUUGCUUUAUUAAUUUAAGAUAAUAUUUUCUCAUUCUUAUGGAUAUUUAAAAAUUUAUUAUAUU